ACAAGGGACGCUGAAGUGAGAGAAGAGGAGGAGAAGACGAGAGGCAGGACAGAGGAGGACAGAAUGUGGUCGCAGCCCACCAUAUUAGGCUGCUGCCGUGUGCUGAUAACAGAGUAAGCAUGAAGCAGCAGAACCCAAACAGGAGAAGUGGAUACAGGGAGGACACAGCUUAGCUGUCUGCUGGAUCAAUAAAAGGUAGAUGGAUUCCUACUCGGAGCGAUGGUGAGGAGGAUUUAUUAGAAAGUGGUGCUUUGCAGGGAUGACAUGUCUGCAGACUCCUCUGAGUUUGAAAUCUGCAAUCAAAACAAUUAACAAGCUGAUGRAAAAGUCACCUCAAGAAUCUGUGAAACCUUGAAGUAAAGAAAAGAAGACAUAUUCCAGCUGGAUUAGAAAGCACUCAGACGGACAUAAUGGUGCAGGAACACCGCCGCUCCCUCGACUCUUCAGAUUUCUGAAUGCGGUCGGACAGGGGAGAUGGGGAGGCGAGCGGCUGACCCAAUGACUCCCGUUCCGGUUGUAGGAGUCCCUGCAUCGGUUGGCGUGCGCAGCUGGAAGACAACAGGCGGAGCCCAGAAGUGGAGACAGUGCAGUGUUGGCAUUCAGACAUCCCAGGGGAUUAGCAGCCCACCUGAUACUCUCUCCAACAAUGAAACCCAAACAUUCAACAGCUGUAUUUCCAAGGAAAUGGAGGAUGCCUUACUGCUGACAAAGAAUAACAAUGAGAAAAGGGCUAUUUUAAGACAGAAAACUGGGGAAGCCAAGACCAGAAAGGAAGUGACUUUCAAAGCACUCAGAGGUGACGCCAGAGAGGAUGAUGGGACUUACUGUUAUGCCAGGAGCAUCAACACCAAUCCUUUCAUCGCAGGGACGCUUACAAGUAACAAAAUUAAACUGAAACAUCGUUACUUAAAUGGCAGCGUGGUUGAUUCAGAGGCCGUCGGUGGCAUUAGCGUUGAUAAUGAUGAGGCUGAGCCAGUAAAAGGAGAACCCUCUCAUGGAAGAGAUCAUCAUAAUACAGAUCAGUUGGCAAAUAUGAGACCAUUAUAUGCGAGCCAAAGUUUAGCUGUGCCACAGGAAAUAUGCAAUAACUCUGGCGAAGUGACGAACAAAGCCUCCGUACUGGGUGAGAACAGCCUUGAUCCUGAUGCGUACAUUACAGAACAACCAUUAAAGCCAUCCCUCACCUCACUUUUUACUACUACUCCUUUUCAAGUUCCUUACAAUGAUACACCACAACAAAACCAGCAAAACUCUCAGAUUAGCAGUGCCAAGAAGAUUACAGUUAACCCAAAAGUAUUUUAUGUAAAUAAAGAGCUAAGAUACAGAAAAACACCCCACCCUGCUUGCCCUGUUCAUUCCAGAGGGAAUCUGGAAAAUCCUCACGUAGCUAGUGACGGGACGUCCGUUCAACAUGCAACCAUCCUACAUGCUGAUAAAAACAAGCCUUUAGCUCCAUCUCUACAGGAUGGUAAGAUCUCCCUCCCCACACGUUUCACACUGACUCCACAAGCGACCACAGCUAACAAACUAAAUAACCCAUAUGCACACAUUGACUCCAAGCUCCUCAAGACCACACACCGGAAAUUGGCUGUGCACGGUAUAACCGAGAACAUGCCAACUCCACCACCCUCUUAUGUAUAUGCGAUAGCCAUGAGGUCCAGAAAAACAAUCUGUGCCGACGCAUUCAGAACACACACAACGUCUGAUGAGGACAAAACUGAACAGGAAACUUUGCARUCAGAACACAAAACACAAAUCAGCAAUGUAACACAAAGUCCAAAUACCUUACAAGUAGCCCCUAAAUGUCUCGCAGUAUCACUGUCCACUAAUGCUCUGAAAUCAGACCAUACAGCACAUCCUCAACCAGACCCCUCUGAACUCGAAAAGACUUACUCAAGCAGCCCGUCAGCAGGUAAAAUGGCUUUCAUAGACACGGUAAGCGAAGCUCAAUUCCCUUCUUUAACUAAUCCCCCAAACAAGACCGCCAAACACACACAGAGCACUUUGAAUCAUGACGCUAAUCCAGAUCAGAUUACACAAACAAGCGCUAAACAUCAAUCUGUGGCUGUGCAAAUCACCUCAACUCCACUWAACUGCUCGACCUCUAAACCCACACKUCAAACUUCUGUCUCUUCCCUACACAAAAAACCCAAUACAUCACAACCUCCUGACUCUAAAUCUGAUUUGUCUGCGACUUAUACCUCAAAAACUACACGUCCCAGUGCACCGGGCAAGAAUGUAGCAUUCAGGAGCAUCAAAUUUCAUUUGAAAAAGACACCAAACUCCCCAUUGUCUCUGCUCGCCGAAAGACAAAAUAAUGUUUUGGCAAUGAGCACGAGCUCGCUUCAGUUAACAGACUCAACAAAAGUACUUAGCUGUAAUGAAGCCCCUGACACAAACAAAGCUCAUCACGUGCAAGCAACAGCCAUGAGACAUCAAGGGAGUAAUGAACUUAGUGCUUGGGAUGUCUUUUACAAUCAGGAGAGCAGCUCCAGAACGGCUCCGCUGACAUCCUCCGAGCCUCAGAAUGUGUCAGGAAAUCAUAACAGUGAUACUAAAUUGACUUGUAAUCCCAAUGUGUUUUCAGAUAGAAACAAAUUCAAGCAUAAUUUAAUCAAUAAAUUGGUUAUAAAUGAGUCCAAAGACCAUGAAAAUUCAAAUUGUUCACACGUCACCAACACUCAGAAUUGUGUUUCCGUAAUUAAAUCGAGCAGCUCCAGUUUGCAGGCCUGUCUCUACGCAGAGCAACAACGGCUCACACAUUAUCACGGAAGCGCAGAAAGAAACUGCGAGGGACGUUGUGCAACAAGCCCACCAGUGAAAACCGACACAGAUUCAAAUGCACAUCAGUUUCCCCUGGGUGCAACAGCCAGCCAUGCAAAUGGUGAGCUUAAAUCCAACGCAGAUAGACAGACACGUCCCAGUGUUCCACCGCCCUCAGUCACAACGCAAACUAACCGUGGACCAACCAACUCACAUGUAAACACACAGGUGAGACAUAACACCAGCUCCCUGGCUGCUUGCCAAGACUCCAAUUUUCUUAUUACAUUACAAAAACAAACACACACAACUCCAGCGCGUUCUGACACACUGCCAGUGUCGUUCAGCGGUGAAGGAGAGCUCUGUGCAGACGCAGGCCCUGAUCGUGGGUCUAUAGCGUCUGCAAUAACCUUGGUCCGGCCCAGUGAGGUCCAGGCAAACAGCGGAGCAGAAUCAAAGUGUCGCCCUCAGUUUUCCACAGAUGACACCAGUCUGGCUCACUCCCACCCAGCCGAUGCAGUCCUGUUGUUGCCGCCUUCCCCGCAGUGCUGCAAAUCAGCAGCCCUGGAGCAGAGGCUCAAGGUGGUGGAGGCCAGCCUGGCAGCUAACAAGGACAGGAUCACCACUCUGCUCAACAUUAUUCAUGACCUGGAGACUGUCAGCACGCCGAGCAACCGCAGUGUUGAAUAUGACUUCCGACGUCAGGAGAGGAACUUCUUGGAAGUUCUGAAUCAAUCAGGAAGACGCAGCAAUGGCUUCUCUUCUCAACUUACCCAGCCCCUGAACAUCAGCCUGCUCAGAAAUGUCGUCAUAAAGAACCUAACAAAGACAAAGCUGAAAAGCAAAAAGCUGUGCAAGACCCUGCUCAAAUGGCUUCCAAGAAAAAUCCAUCAGUUGUAGAUGCUCUACGAACUUGUGUGUGCUGCAACAUUAAAGCCUGUUGCAUACGGUGAAUGGGAGUGCUUUCUGAAAGAUUCGUACCUGUAAAAUGUUCUACAUUAGGCUUUUUAUUCAYAAAACAUUUUACUGGGCCGGAUAUGGAAUGAUAAUCUGGUUAUACCCAGGAGCCUAUCAUUUAGUGGCAGCGGUCUAAGUGUUUUGCUGCUUUUAGUCGUCGACACAGUAGAUCGCCUGCCUCCAUCUCAACCUAGUUCUGUCAUUUUGCUCUGUCACACCAAUCCUCUGCAUAUUCUCCUUCUCUACGUGAAACUUCGCAGUGGUCUUUCUCUUUUUCUCUUCUCUGGCAGCUCCAAAAUCUACAUCCACUGUCCCUCCUCUGCACAUGUCCAAAACACCUCAGACUCAUUUUUGUCUCCAAACCAAAUACAGUAAACUGAGUUGCCCCUCAGAUAUACAGCGGGUAAAAUAAGUAUUGAACAUG